GGAACGUAAGCGGUGACGACCGCCGAAACGUCUAUUUACGCUCCUCCGGCACUUUAAAUUUACGUUUCCGUCGAUCCCCACAUCGAUCUAAAUCUCGGACACGGUUUUGCCUGUUCGCCGAUCAUUUAAAAACACCUACCUGUCAAAACCAUGAGGACCAUAAACGCCAACCAAUCUGUGAAAAUCCCCGACGGCAUUGAUGUCACAGUCAACAAGAGGAUUAUAGUUGUCAAAGGCCCCCGUGGUUCGUUAGAAAGGAAUUUCAAACAUUUAGCUGUUGAUAUAUACAUGAAAGGACCACGCAUAUUAACUGUUGAAAAAUGGUUUGGAACCAAGAAAGAAUUGGCUGCUGUCAGAACCAUUUGCACUCAUGUAGAAAAUAUGAUUAAAGGUGUCACCAAAGGUUUCUUGUACAAAAUGAGAGCCGUAUAUGCCCAUUUCCCCAUCAAUUGUGUUACAUCUGAAAAUAAUUCGCUCAUUGAAAUCAGAAAUUUCUUGGGAGAAAAAUAUAUCAGACGUGUCAAGAUGUCGCCAGGUGUCACCAUUACUAACUCUAAACAAAAAGACGAGUUAAUUGUAGAAGGAAAUGACAUUGAAAAAGUUUCUAGAUCAGCUGCUUUAAUCCAACAGUCUACAACCGUAAAGAACAAGGAUAUCCGUAAGUUCUUGGAUGGUUUAUAUGUAUCUGAAAAGACAACAGUUGUACAAGAGGAAUAAAAAUUGAUUAUUUCAUACGUUUAA